GGAGCAGAGAUGUGGCGCAGCUCACCGGGACUCUGUGCUCUCCUCCUUCUGCCACUUCUGCUCCGAGGAUCAUCCAUAAACCAUCUGUAAAGCAUGGGAUUGUGCACGCGGACGUUUACGGGAUUCAAAUGCGCUGCGUAAUGCGCGUUGGAGAGCGUCCUUGCGGGGGGAAUAUUGAUGUUUUGGGUCGGUUUUGUUGGAGGAGCAGCUAGUUGCUAGUGCUGGGCUAGCGCUGUGCUGCUGCUGGCUGCCUGCUACAGCUCUGUGCGAAGAUGCUACGGUGGAUACGACAGCAGUUGGGUGUAGAUCCGCCCCAUCAGAGUGACACCAGGACUGUUUAUGUGGCCAAUCGUUUCCCCCAAAAUGGCCACUACAUCCCCCAGCGCUUCGCCGACAACCGCAUCAUCUCAUCCAAGUACACAAUCUGGAACUUUGUCCCCAAGAAUCUGUUCGAGCAGUUCAGAAGAAUCGCCAACUUCUACUUCCUCAUCAUCUUCCUGGUGCAGUUAAUGAUUGACACGCCCACGUCGCCUGUCACCAGUGGCCUCCCGCUCUUCUUCGUCAUCACUGUCACUGCCAUCAAACAGGGCUAUGAGGAUUGGCUCAGACACAAGGCGGAUAACGAGGUGAACGGAGCUCCGGUGUACGUGGUGCGCAGCGGAAGUCUGGUCCAAACUAGAUCCAAAAACAUCCGGGUGGGGGACAUCGUUCGCGUGGCUAAAGAUGAGACGUUUCCUGCCGACUUGGUGCUGCUGUCCUCAGAGCGACCCGACGGCACCUGUCACAUCACCACCGCCAGUCUGGACGGAGAGACCAACCUCAAGACUCAUUACUCUGUGGCUGAAACGUCGGUGUGUCAGUCGGUCACUCAGCUCGAGUCUCUUCAGGCCGUGGUGGAGUGUCAACAACCAGAGGCCGAUCUGUACAGGUUUGUCGGUCGUGUUACUGUGACGCAGCAUGGAGAGGAGAUCGUCAGACCGCUGGGCCCGGAGAACCUGCUGCUGCGAGGAGCCAGGCUUAAAAAUACCAAAGAAAUCUUCGGUGUGGCGGUCUACACGGGGAUGGAGUCCAAAAUGGCCUUGAACUACAAAUGCAAGUCCCAGAAGCGCUCGGCAGUGGAAAAGUCGAUGAACUCCUUCCUCAUCAUCUACCUGGGAAUCCUUCUGUCGGAGGCCAUCUUGAGUACCAUCCUGAAGUACGCGUGGCAGGCCGAGGGGAAGUGGGACGAGCCUUUUUACAACCAGAAGACGGAGCAGGAGAGGAACAGCAGCAAGAUUCUUAAAUUCAUCUCAGACUUCCUGGCGUUCCUGGUCCUGUAUAACUUCAUCAUUCCCAUCUCUCUGUACGUUACCGUGGAGAUGCAGAAGUUCCUGGGUUCUUUCUUCAUCGGGUGGGAUCUGGACCUGUACCACGAGGAGAGCAACCAGAGGGCUCAGGUCAACACGUCCGACCUGAACGAGGAGCUGGGGCAGAUCGAGUACGUCUUCACUGACAAAACCGGGACCCUCACAGAGAACGAGAUGCAGUUCCGGGAGUGUUCGAUAAACGGGACGAAGUAUCGCGAAGUCAAUGGGAAACUGGUGCCAGAGGGACUGACCGAGGACUCACCCGACGACUCCGCUCCACAAAUGGUUGGGGAGGAGUUGCUGUUCCUCAAAGCCGUCGCCUUGUGUCACACGGUUCAGAUCAGCUACGAUCAGCCCGACUGCAACCUCCCCGGAUCGGACCCUUUCUCUCACGUCAACGGCUUCUCUGCGAACCACAUGGAGUACUACGCCUCCUCCCCCGAUGAGAAGGCCCUGGUGGAGGCUGCGAAGAGGAUCGGAGUAACCUUCAUGAGUAGCAACGGCGACACGGUGGAAAUCAAAACGUUUGGAAAGGUCGAAAAGUUCAAGCUCCUCCAUGUUUUAGAGUUCGACCCAAACAGAAGACGAAUGAGCGUCAUUCUACAGACGCCAUCAGGAGGACAGAUAAUGUUCACCAAGGGAGCGGAGUCGGCCAUUUUGCCUUUUAGCAGCGGGGAGAUGGAGAAGACGCGAUUGCACGUCGAUGAGUUCGCCCUGAAAGGCUUACGAACCCUGGUGGUGGCCUGUCGUCACUUCAGCCCAGAGCAGUACUCAGAGGUGGAUAAACGUUUGAACACGGCUCGGACGGCGCUGCAGCAGAGAGAAGAGAAGCUGCAAGAGGCUUUUAACUUCAUCGAGAGAGACCUGCACCUGCUGGGAGCCACCGGGGUCGAGGACAAACUGCAGGACAAAGUGCAGGAGACCAUAGAAGCCCUUAGAUUGGCCGGGAUCAAAGUAUGGGUGCUGACGGGGGACAAACACGAGACGGCGGUCAGCGUGAGUUUGUCGUGCGGUCACUUCCACAGAACCAUGAACAUCCUGGAGCUUCUGAAGCAGAGGUCCGAUAACGAGUGUGCGGAGCAGCUGCGCCGACUCGCACGAAGGAUAAAGGAGGACCAUGUGAUCCAGCACGGGCUGGUGGUGGAUGGGGCCAGUCUGUCUCUGGCUCUGAGGGAACAUGAGAAGCUCUUUAUGGAAGUGUGUAAGAACUGCUCCGCUGUGCUGUGCUGCCGCAUGGCCCCUCUGCAGAAGGCAAAGGUGGUGCGUCUUAUCAAAACGUCCCCAGAGAAACCCAUCACUUUAGCUGUUGGUGAUGGAGCCAAUGAUGUCAGUAUGAUACAGGAAGCCCACGUCGGCAUCGGUAUUAUGGGUAAAGAGGGGAGGCAGGCCGUGAGAAACAGUGACUAUGCAAUCGCCAGGUUUAAGUUCCUGGCCAAACUUCUGCUGGUGCACGGACACUUCUACUACAUUCGCAUAGCAACUCUUGUACAGUACUUUUUCUACAAGAAUGUGUGUUUUAUCACUCCCCAGUUUUUAUACCAGUUCUUCUGUCUGUUUUCACAACAAACCCUGUAUGACAGCGUGUACCUGACGCUUUAUAACAUCUGCUUCACGUCUCUGCCCAUCUUGGUCUACAGCCUGUUUGAGCAGCUCGUGCAUCCACAUGUGCUGCAGAGCAACCCAGCCCUGUACAGGGACAUCAGUAGAAACUCAAUGCUGUCGUUCCAAACCUUCUUGUACUGGACUUUUCUGGGUUUCUGUCACGCCUUUGUGUUUUUCUUCGGCUCCUACAUCCUGAUGGGAGAAGACACCAGCCUCAUGGGCAAUGGACAGAUGUUUGGAAACUGGACCUUUGGGACUUUGGUGUUCACUGUCAUGGUCAUCACUGUCACAUUAAAGUUGGCUUUAGAGACUCACUACUGGACGUGGAUGAAUCAUUUUGUGACGUGGGGCUCCAUUGUGUUUUACUUCGUCUUCUCUCUGUUUUAUGGAGGCAUCAUCUGGCCGUUCCUGCACACACAGGACAUGUACUUCGUCUUCGUGCAGCUCCUGUCCAGUGGCUCCGCCUGGUUCGCCAUCUUCAUCACCAUCAUCACCUGCCUCCUCCCCGACGUCGUCAAGAAAGUUUUCUACAUACACCUGAGGCCGAACAACACACAGAAGAGCCAGCCUCUAUCAGCCUCCCAGGCGCCGGCCCUCAGCUGUGUGGAGUCCCUGUGCUGCUACCAACAUGGGCAGAGCGGCUGUGCCCGCCUGGCCCGCCUCCUGGAGCAAGUGACAGGCCAGUGCCAGAACAGCGCCCCCCACUGUCCGACCGUGGGACGACACAACAGAUCAUGGAGCGAUCCCGAGAAUUUCUCCAACGACCGGAGCAUCCUGACGCUGUCCUCCAUCGAAGCCACGCAUUGCUGAAGCGGAAGCGCGUGUGUCCCAUCUGAACAAGAAACAACGCAAUAUUUUACAUCCAAGAGGCAAUAAAAUAGCACAUUGUUAGAGCUAAAAAUGUGAAAAACACAUUGGAGUUUUGACAGGCAGGUUGCCAAAACUAACUUUUUUAAGAUGAGAAGAGAUGUGGGAUUUGGUGGCAUUUAAAAGUUUGAGUAAAAUUGUUGGUAUGUUUUUUUUUUUUCUAUUUAUUCAGCAAGACAGUCCCAAAUCUAAUACAAGUUUCCCCAAAAAUCUACCAAAAAUACAAAGUGUGGUCUUAAUCCUCAUUCAGCUGGAUAAAUUUAAAAUGCAAAACACAAAUUUUAAAUAAACUUCAAAGUUACUGUACCUGAUUGUCUUAAAACAGGAAUGGUUUGCACUGAUCCAAAGUUAUUCCUCAUUUACUUUCUGCAUUAAGAGCAUCCUAAUUACUCUUCGCAGUGAGUUUAUAAGCACUUUUUACACAACGUACAGAUGCCAGAGCAGAGUUUUGCUGUCAUACUAAUGCUAACAAAUACUGGCAGGAUAACAGCGCACUUCCUGAUGAUAAAAUGCUUUGUGAUUAGAUAAAGACAGGACACAACGGAUUCAUUUUUUACCUCAAGAGCAGCUUAUAAGAUCUGUAUUACUAAGGUAAAUUUCCCUUAAAUGCAUGGAAAAAAAUUGGUACAUCUUCUUUGAUUUGAGCAUCAAAUAAAUGUGUUCCAAUUAAUUUUAUGUAAUUAAAUAAGGUAUAUCAAAAAGUUUAUAUAAUCCAAACCACGGGCUUUUACGGACAGAUGAUUGGCUGUAGACUUCUCCCUUAAAAAGACCCAAACUGAUCACGAAUCUGUUUAAACAUUUACACAAAUUGUUAAAUUUUAAAUGCCUCCAAAUCCCACUCUUUUCAGCAAACUCAAUCUUCCAUCUUGAAUAAUCAACAACGCUGGACAACAGAAAUGCAAUAUAUUUUUGAAUUUGCACGAGGAUGUAGCACCAGGGACUCGGUAAACGUUCGGAACUUUUGAAAAUUCCGAGUUUUAUUUUGACUGAAAGGGAAAAACAGGAAACUCUCGUGUAGCUCGUGACUUUUGGCAGUUUUUCAUCUCUUCCUCAUCGUCGUCGUCGUUACCAAAGACCGAAGCAUCGCAACUGGAUUCUGACACAAACACUUUAUAUUUUCGUGCCUGUUUUGUACAGAAGACGUGUUGAUGUGGACGUGAAGUCUUAAGAUUGGAGCUGCUUCCCGGUUAAACUGUCACGGACCUGUUCUCUCAUCGGUUCGUUUAAAGCCAUAUAUUUUUCGAGGUAUAUUUUUUUGAAGGUACCGGAUGCUGUUGUUGAGAUUUACGGUUUAAUUUUGUUCAUUUAUCGCUUCAUCCAAAAGCAUCGCACUGUUAAGACUCACUGCAAGACUGUUAUAUCUUAUCUUAAAGGAGAACUGUGUAACUUUUCUUGACGGGUACUUGCUUGUCUCCAUGGAGAUGUUAUUCCUUUGCUUGGAAUGUUCCACCGUAUCCCAAUAGAUCCAUCUUGCAUUCAUUUCAGGCGUUUUUAUUGCUCAAAAUACCUUGUAAAUACGCAUUCUUACUACACAGAUCUGACCUGUAACUUGGCCUGUUGGUGUCAUCUGUUUGUGCGAUUAAUGCCCUACUUUGGAACAUUCCAGGCGAAGCAAUCACACGGGAACCAGCCGAUGGCUAACGAUCAGAGUCAUUUAGUUUGGUUAAUUUAUUUAGUUACGAAAUGCAAAAAUGUUACUGUCUGAUCUGGAAAUGUCCCACAGUACGGCAAUAAAAUCGAUCUCCAUGGAGACGAAUACGUGAUCGCACCAGGCCAAGUUACAGAUCAGGUCUGAGGAGAGGCGAGGCAACCCUCUCCCCGCUCAGAGUAACAAUGUUUUGGAGCAAUAAAAACACCUGUCAAAAAGCAAAUGCACGACGAGAUAAAUGUGUUUAAUGCCCUCUAGUGGAACAUUCUUGGCAAAACAAUAACAUCUCCAUGGAGACAAACACGUAGCAGACCCUGUACUAGAAAAGUUACACCUUUAGCGGACCUUUAAAAGACAGAGUAAACCAGAAUGAUGUCCCCUUUAAUGAACUGUCCAUAUCAAAAAUUAAAAAAAACAAAAUAAAUAAAAUAAAAAUAUCUACUUUUGUGAGCGACAGUGUGAUGCUUUUGAACGACUCAGACAGCACAAUGUCUCAGUCUGUCAAAUAUAUAUGUCAUAAAAAUAUAUAUAUUUAUGGUACUCCUUAAUGAGCAUUUGCACAAGAAACAAAAGAAGUGGGAGAUAUGGCGAAAAAUUUAUGUCACAAUAGUUUUUGGAGCUAUGCAAACUUAGAAUAUCAUCAAGUAUUUCAUUAAAACACUCUGUUCCACCUUGUGAUGUCAUCAUGUGGUACUACAGGAAGUGCUCCACUGUGUUUUUAAACUCCACGCACCUUCAGCUAGAAUCAUUUGUAUCAUUUCAGCUCUGGAAUUGCCAAUUUUUACUGAACAAAAGGUAAAAUGUAGCGGUUAACUUGAAAACUACCACUUCAUGACAUCACAAGGUGGAAAGUGUUUCUCAAACAUGUGUGAAUGAAGCAAAACACAACUCCAGGUCUGUUUUUGAAGCUGUAACAACAUCAUUACACCUCACAAAAGCUAAUGUUGCGUAAUAUAGGCCCUUUAAAUGUAUUAAAGCUACAAAAAGCAACAUUUGAACCUCAACCAAGCCAUUUCCCGGCACAUUUUGGCUUUAUAUUAAUGGACUCCAGAAAUAUAUUGGGAUGUUAAUUCUUGUCAGUAUCUCCCAUCGCUAGUAACAUAUCAUUUUGUGUUUUUAUUUUAAUUUUAAAUCACCAUCAAAUCCAUCUCAAACAUGUGUUUUCCAAUGUUUUUUCAUUUUGAUGUAUGAAGUGUGCGCGUGUUUUGCUGUUGGACGACCUCCUGGAGUUUAGAAUAAGCUGCAACUAGCUAGCACGCACGCGGCAAAGCUAACAUGCUCGACUGUUAGCUGUAACAUUUCAGUUGUGUCGUCUUCUGAUCAAAAUGUUUCGAUGUGUUCAAAAAUGGUUAUUAUUUUUAAAAAAAAUAUGAGGUACCAAAUGCUAAUAGUUUCAGUAUAAAUCUUUAUUGAAAUUGACAUUGUGAAUGAACGAUUAUACAAUUUAACAUAGAUUCAGGAGCGUCAUCUCUCUGCCGCCCCCUAGAGACAACCACAAGAAUGUAAAAGCUGCUUAAAAAGAAAGUUUUUAUCUUAUUUCUACUAGAGAAUUGCCCUUAUGUUUUUUUUCCAUGCACCUGUCACGAGUUUAGUGUUACAGAAAUUUGGGUAUUUAUUUAAAAUUUAGCGUAAUUGGAUUUAUUCAAAUUUAACUUUUGGUAAAUUCUUGUUUUCUAUUGGUUUAUUAUAUAUAUAUGUACAUUUUUGAGUGAUAACUAGGCCCCUUUCAAGAUGGUGCCUGGCUAGUUAUGGUUCCAUUCAUUUUCUAUGAGGAAUUAGCCUAGCAAGAGCUGCACUUUUGAUACAACCGGAACUAGCUUAGCGGUAUCGUGACUUGUCUUUAAAAUGUUAAAAUCAGCCAUAUUCAACAGGCUUCCCCUUUUUAGACAGGAUUUUUUCAUCGUGAAUUUCAAAACAGUCACAUCUAUUUUACAGCAAUACCUCAAGUGUCCAUCAGGGGGAGUAGAGAGUCUUGUGAUUUUGUUAUAUUUAUGUAAGCAUAAACUCAGAAGGCAACUGUUCUAAAGUUGAUCAUGGCUUCAUUGCCUCAUUUGUGCUGGAAAACCACUUCAUACCUUUAGCUAAACUGCGCAUGUGGUGAUGGAAAGAAAUGAUUUAUUAUUGUUAGCCGUUAGCAGUCAGUGACAGCAGGUAGCGUCCAUGCUAGCAAAAUGGUGAAGAUCCAUAGAGCUCGGGGCUGUGAAGUCGUACCUCAUACAAUUUCCACUGAGCCUAAUGUUAAACCAAUGGAGAUUUUAAGAUGCUAACACUAGCUUUAGCGUUCAUUUAAAUGUUUUCCUGCGCUGUAAGAGUGUAAGACGUAUUUACCAGUUGUGAUCCAGCAGUUUAAUGGGGUUUUGUUUACUUUUUAAUGUUAUUUUGGUGAAUAUCUUUUUGCACUACACAAACAUGGCAGAAUUCCGUGGUAACGCCAGUUUUAUGACAUCCAUCCCGAGCUCUAAAUGUUUAUAUUAGCUCGCUUGCUAACAAUGUGUCGGGCGUCUCUAUGUAGGUAGGCUAUUUAUUAAAUAAGACAUAUUUAAUUAAACGUACAAAGUGGGUUUCCGGUACAACAGGAGCAAUGACAGACUUGGUCUUAGCUAGCGAACUCCUAGCUAGCGAACUUCUUAGCUGUUCCUAGCUACCUAACUCAUUCUUAUGUAGAGAACUUGGUCCUAGCUAGAGAAUUUCUAGCUUGCAAACUUGCUCCGAGCUAGCAAACUUGUUCCUAGCUAUCUAAUUUGUUCCUAGCUACCUAACUCAUUCCUAUCUGGAGGACUUGAUCCUAGAUAGCAAGCUUUUUCUUAGCUAGCUAACUUGGUCCUAGCUAGCAAACUCCGAUCUAGCGAACUUGUUCCUAGCUAGCUAACUUGUUCCUAGCUAGCAAAUCCAUUAGCACAUUGCUAGUGCUCAUAAAAUACAGUUUUAAUUAUAUCUGGUGCCCCAUUUUAAGAAACGCUAAAAUGCGAAUGUCCCAUAUUGUGUAUAAUCUUUGCCCUCAUCAAAAAGUCUUACAUUUUUUUCCCCAAAUAACUUGAAUAACAAUGAACUUGAUAAAGAUCUAUACUGUUCGCUGCGUAAUAUCGGUAAAGAAGUAAUAAGGUACUAUGACAAAAUGGCCGCAAGAUGUGUGUAAUCUGAAAAUACACAGUAACUUUAACGUGCUGUAGUAUAAACACAAAUACAAAAUACUUCAACUCUUCACGAAGACACCUAUUUUCAUAAAUUAUGGCAAAAAAUCUGUUAAAAAUAAAGAAAUGUUAAGGUUAAACUUGGACAUCUGUGGAUUUUUCUGAAAUUUAAGCGUCUAAUUAAAAACAUGCUAAUUUUUCAGACUAAUUUGCUCAUUUUUACAUCACAAAGUCUCUACGUCACAUCUGGCUCCUACAACUGAGACUGAACUGUGUCGAUGGUUUAAUUCUUCCAGAGUUUUGGAUGUUUUUUAGUUUUAUUUCAGUAGACAAAAUGGUUCUUGUUACAUUUGACGAUGUUUUUGGAGUAAAUGUCAUUGUUAAUAGUUUAUAAUAAGUUAUUUUUGUUCCUCUCCGUCGGCGCGUGCAGCAGACGACCAUCUCCUGUGUGUCCUUCUGUCUGUACUUCUGUCUGUACUUCGGAAAAUGCAGUUCUAUUUACGAAAU